CUGUUGAUCUUGUUGUAUGCUGUGCCCUAGGGGUGGACAUGUACGAUUGUGUAUUUCCAACAAGAACUGCUAGAUUUGGAUCAGCCUUAGUUGAGACAGGAAGUCUGAACCUUCGAAGCAAGGAAUUUGCCAAUGACAUGAAUCCAAUUGACAAGGCGUGCUCUUGCUCAACCUGUAAACUUCACACCCGAGCGUACCUGCAUGCUAUAAACAAGGAAACGGUAGCUUGUCAUCUGGUCACGGUUCACAAUAUCGCAUACCAGAUGCGUCUUAUGAAGUCCAUACAGCAGAGUAUUAUGAAGGACACUUUCCCAUCAUUCAUUCAACAGUUUAUGAGCAACAUGUUCCCAUCGAAUAAUUACCCGACAUGGGUUGUGGAAGCACUAGACUCUGUCAAUGUUAAAUUAUUAUGACGAUGAUGCAAGCCAUUUGAAAUCAUAAUGAGCGUAUACAGUAUAUAUUAUUGUACCACAGCCCUCUGGAUUGUAAAUUGUACACUACAUAUUAGUAAGAUUCUAAAAUUGAUUAAAUUAGUCUUUGAAACUCCUAAAUUGUCAUAUUUCUUGGGGCUUUGCAACCUGGACAACUUUAGAAAGAUUUUGAGUGACGCCUGACCACGCCCACUUUGCUUUCGUCGGGGACAUG